CUGUAGAUUCUGCAUCUGACCAGCAGCAGCUGAAGUGUCAAUGAUGAGCAUACGCCCCAUGUUACAUACUAACAUUCACAAGUCGCCCCCGCUUUGAUAUGAGUUGCCGACUUGCAGGGCAGAGACGCUGCCAACUUCGUCUUCCACAAUCAUACACGAUUUACCUCUGCCUACGAUGUACUCAAUACUCGGCCAAAACCCUGUAACUCCCAAUCGCACUGCACCGGUUCCUGCUACCAGCACCCGGUGGGAUAACGCUCGAGAGUAUAGGCGUAGGGUGCAACGAGUGCCUCAAAUAGACCCUCGCUCUGAUGUCUCGAUCCCAGAUGUAGAACAGCAUGCCGAAUUCUGGGUACGAAAGCUCGUCCUGGCCAUGAUAAAUCUCGAAGACAUCAAAGAUUCCGAAACUUCAAGCGCAGCCAGGAUGUUUCGACCGGAAGCUUACGACUCUCUAUUGCUCGAGGCGACGUGUCGCGAAAUCUUUUCAGCUCUAAUCGACCGGUGCAAGAGCGGCUUCCGAGGGCCAGCGCAGUUCAACAAAGCCCUGAAACCCCACCGGGGUCUCGAGGCAGAUGCUGACGCUACAUGCGCAGAGCGCAUGCAGAAUGUAGUAAAUGCAUUGCUUUGGAAUAAAAGAGUUGCGAAAGACGUGUUGUUUGAAGAUUGGAAGAUUCGGCUGCUUGUAAACCAUCCUUUGGCGUACGAUAAGGAGAAGGAUUCGCAGAAGGGCUCGAAUGAUCAGCGGAGAAAGAGACUGGAAUCUGAAAGGGAGAAGCUGAGGCAGACUGAACGAAAGUUGCUUGCUUAUCGCUCCAGUCUGGAACAGUCGUAGUUGCAGCCGUGGAUGAGCGAAGUGGCGGAUAACACAGGACCAUCGAAUCAACUUAACGUGAAUCAAGUUAAACAGCGAACAUGUAAGCUUUACCAGUAUGAUCGCAAACUUCCCAAGCAAUUAUCAGAAGUGAAAGACGUACCACCCAGUCCACUGUUGGUCCUUGAGUCAGGAACAUGGCCCUAAGUCUUUGCCAUGAGUGCGAGGAACUUAAACUUGCCGUAAGAACUUCACCACUCUCGAUCAGAACUCAUGAUCGGUCUGCGAUAUGUCCCUUCAGUAGUGCCUGAUAGAUG